AUGAGUGGCCCAUCAGUUACUAUACGAGAUACAGAAAAAGAUAGGGUAGACUUCGUACUAAGAGAUGUUGACUUGUCGGUGGCAAAUUCAUUAAGAAGAACAAUGUUGGCAGAAGUACCAACAUUAUCAAUAGAUUUAGUGGAAAUAGAUGUAAACACUUCCGUGUUAGCAGAUGAAUUUUUAUCUCAUAGACUAGGGCUUAUACCAUUGAUAAGUGAAGGAAUAGAAAAUUUAUCGUAUUCAAGAGACUGUACUUGUGAAACAUAUUGUCCCAAAUGUUCAGUUGUUUUAAAACUAACGGCAAAAUGUGAUACAGAUUCAACUAUGAAUGUUUAUGCAUCAGAUUUAGCCAAGUUUAAUAAUGCAUCCAAACUUGGUGAUCCAGUGAUAAGAGAUCCUCAGGGAAGAGGUCCAAUAAUUUGUAAAUUAAGAAAACAUCAAGAAUUAAAUCUAACAUGUAUAGCCAAAAAAGGUAUAGCUAAAGAACAUGCAAAAUGGUCUCCAUGUGCAGCAGUAGGGUUUGAAUAUGAUCCUUGGAAUAAAUUAAAGCAUACUGAUUAUUGGUAUGAAGUUGAUGCUAAUGAAGAAUGGCCAAAAUCUGAAAAUUGUAAAUGGGAAGAUCCUCCAGAUCCAGAAGCUAAAUUUGAUUAUAAAGCAGUACCUUCGACUUAUUAUUUUAAUGUUGAAACAGUAGGAAAUUUACCCCCAAAAGAUGUUGUUACUCAAGGUAUAGUUGCUUUACAACAUAAAUUAGCUGCUAUAUCAAUGGAAUUGAGAAAAGAAAACGUAGAAGGUAAUGCUGCAAAUGCUGGUGGUUUUACUACUUAUGGAAGAACUGACUAUGGAGGUGGUGAAACACCAGGUGCUGCAACUCCAUACGGAGCCCAAUUUGGUUCAAAUUAUGGAGACGCUGGUAAUUAUGGAGGGGCUGCUUGGAAUUGA